AUGUUCUAUCGCCCGGGUGUCGGGCUGUCUGCAUACAGACGUCUCGUCGCCGUGUCCGACGCAUGGCUGGUCCGACGUGUGGAGGAGUUUGACCUCAGCCAGGCCGUCGGUGUCGGCGGGCUGACGGCGGCCGCCGGAAUCGCGAUUCGCUCUGCCAGCUGCCAGCAGCCUCGUGUCGCCGCCCUCGACACGUGCUCAUGCAAACAAUGCGAGAACUUGGUUGCGCCGCUUAGUGGCGGCGCUGCUUUAGAGGAAGCGGCAGCGUGCGAAGCAAAGCAGAUGGAGAAUGCGCGGCAUGCCAAGGAGCCGCUGCUGGCGGAGGGCAAGAAGGGCAAGAAGAAGAAGAAGAAUGUUGGCGUGGGCGAUACGGGCGCCGCUAGGCUCAACGAGGAGGUGCUGUGCAGUUAG